AUGGCCUACACGCAUUCGCCAAAAGAACCCAUAGCUAUUAUUGGAAGCGGAUGUCGAUUUCCUGGGGAUGCAACAUCGCCCUCCAAGUUGUGGGACUUGCUGCGAUCCCCACGAGACCUAACGAAACCUAUUCCCGCUGAAUCACGUUUCAACGCUGAGGGCUUUUACCACCCAAAUGGCGAGCACCACGGAGCCAGCAAUGUCACGAAGUCGUACUUUAUUGAAGAAGACCCACGGUUCUUUGACUCUGGGUUCUUUAGCAUUGCGCCUCGUGAGGCCGAGGCCAUCGAUCCCCAGCAGCGGCUCCUGCUGGAGACCGUUUAUGAGGCCAUGGAAAAUGCAGGACUCACACUACAGGGACUCAGAGGAAGCCAGACAUCCGCCUAUGUAGGCGCUAUGUCAGCUGAUUAUACGGAUACUCAGAUGCGAGACCUGGAGAAUUUAUCCCAGUAUAUGAUCACAGGGACAUCGCGCGCUCUGCUCUCCAACCGCCUGUCUUACUUUUUCGACUGGAAGGGUCCAUCCAUCUCAGUCGAUACUGCAUGUUCUUCUAGCCUGGCGGCUGUCCACCUUGGUGUGCAGAGUUUGCGAAACGGCGAAUGUACGACUUCGUGCGUCGCCGGAUCCAACUUGAUUCUAGGGCCUGAUGCGUAUCUUGCCGCCACAAGUCUGCAUUUGCUCUCACCUUCAGGGAGAUCUCAAAUGUGGGAUAAGGGCGCAGAUGGGUAUGCCCGAGGUGAGGGCGUCUGCGCCUUCUUUAUGAAGACGCUGUCUCAAGCUCUAAGAGAUGGGGAUCGGAUAGAUGCACUCAUCCGGGAAUCGUGUAUAAAUCAGGACGGUCGCACCAAGGGCAUUACACUCCCCAGUGCAGAGGCACAGGCCGCACUGAUUAGAACGACCUAUAGGAAUGCUGGACUGGACAUUUUGAGAAACGAGGACCGACCGCAAUACGUUGAAGCACAUGGUACUGGCACACAAGCCGGAGACCCUAGAGAGGCGUCAGCCAUCAGUCAAACGUUUUUCCCGCCCGACCAAGAGCUUGAAAAUAAGCCCAAUAUAGUCGUAGGGUCAGUUAAGACAAUAAUUGGGCACACAGAAGGAUGCGCUGGUAUCGCCGGGCUUUUGAAGGUUCUGCUGGCCAUGAGACACAAGACAAUUCCUCCCAAUCAACAUCUUCGUCAUCUCAACCCGAGCGUGGAGCCUUUUUACAAGAACCUUGAAAUACCUACAACUCCACUAGAUUGGCCUCACGUUCCCUUUGAUCACCCAUUUAGGGCGAGUAUAAAUGGCUUCGGGUCCGGUGGUACCAAUUGUCAUGCAAUCAUGGAAAGCUAUGUUCCCGAAAUCCAUGAUCAUGGGCCAUGGGGAAGGCCGGAAGCACUCCGCAAUGUUCAAGAAUCUCCGCUACCAGAUGUUGACUUCACUCCAACUCCCCUUAUUUUCUCUGCUGCCUCGGAAUCAGCCUUGGUAGCAAUGUUGGAGAAAUAUGCGCGGUAUCUAGAAAAUACUGACGUGCCUAUCCAACGCCUGGCAAAGACCCUCAAUUCGCACCGCUCAACCCUUGGUGUAAGAGUGAUUUUCCCCGCGACCUCGCGACUAGAGUUACUUGAGGAAAUAAAGAAACAACUCUCCAAAGUACGCGACAGUCCCGGUACGGAAAUUGGCACUCGGUCCUCCAUCAUAGAAUUCGAUGAGAACAGACGCCCCCGAAUCCUGGGCAUAUUUACUGGCCAAGGAGCACAAUGGCCGGGCAUGGGACAAACUUUAAUGAAAAAAUGUGCAUUGUUCAGGACAACAAUCGAGAACAUGGAACAGGCACUGGCUCUCCUUCCAGACCCGCCAGGGUGGUCUCUCAAGAAAGAGAUUAUGGCACCUCCCGCAGAGUCUCGAUUAGGAGAAGCUGAAAUCUCCCUCCCUGUAUGUGCAGCGGUCCAGGUAGGGCUUGUUAGUCUGCUUUCCCAAGCUGGCAUAAGUUUUCACAGUGUGGUCGGUCAUUCAGGCGGAGAAAUUGGGGCUGCGUAUGCGGCUGGUAAAAUCUCUGAAAACGACGCGGUAAUCAUUGCAUAUUACCGCGGUGUUUAUGCAAAACUUGCCAUCGGUGCAGAUGGGAAGAAGGGCGCAAUGAUUGCGGUUGGGUUUGGUUAUGAGGAGGGCCUGGAUUUCUGUUCAAACCCGAAGAUGAAGGAUCGUCUGACCAUAGCCGCCAGCAACUCGCCUAAAAGUGUUACGCUUUCUGGUGACGAAGACGCUGUCAUUGAAGCAAAGGAGAUGCUUGAUAAAGAGGGCCUCUUCAAUCGCGUGCUAAAGUUGGACACAGCCUACCAUUCGUCACAUAUGUAUCCUUGUGCAGCACCCUAUCUCGCGGCACUCCAACGCUGCGACAUUAAGGUAGGCAAAAGCAGCGCAACUACUGCCUGGGUAUCAAGUGUAUACGAAGACAACAGGACGAUUACUGAUGAUCAAGACGCCGACAUGAAGGCAAUAUAUUGGAAAGACAACUUGAUUGGAAGGGUGUUGUUUUCCCAAGCCCUUGAAUGCGCAUUGGAUGAUGACAGAGGGGCCUUUGAUCUUGCCCUAGAGGUUGGACCCCAUCCAGCUUUGAGAGGUCCAUCACUUGAGACUAUUAGAUCCAAGCUUGGAUCCGAAAUCCCUUAUGCCGGUGUCUUGGACCGGAAGUCGGACGAUGUCACAGCACUGAGCAGAGCUCUUGGCUUUGUAUGGACGCACCUGGGAUCCGACUGUGUGAACUUUGAUGACUAUUCAUCUGCGUUUGACGAAAGAAAUAGUCAUAUGGACAAAACCCCUCUGGCAAACCUACCAACGUAUCCGUGGGAUCACAAGACGAUCUUGUGGCGAGAGUCUAGACUCAACAGGCAGGUCCGACAUAGAAGUGACCGGCCUCAUGAGCUGCUUGGCAACAGAACUCCAGAUGACACAGAAUACGAGCCAAGAUGGCGGAAUUUCUUCAAGCUAGAGGAGAUGCCCUGGCUGCGAGACCAUUGCAUACAAAACCAAAUUAUCGUCCCCGCAGCCACAUAUUGCGUGAUGGCCCUAGAGGCUGCUAGGUUUCUUGGUAGAGGAAAGCAUGUGGUAAACAUCGAGCUUUCCAAUAUAGCCAUCCUGCGGCCAAUAGUCUUGGAUGAAUCCUCUGGGGGAACCGAAACCUUGCUAUCUCUGCGCAGCGACCUCGACUCCAACAAGGGAAAAAGCGACGUCAUUCACGCUGAGUUCAGUCUCAGCGCGGGUACCGUGGAAGAUGGACACUUGAGGACUGCCGCCUCAGGAGAAAUACGGGUCUUUCUGGCAAGCGAUGGAGCUGACCACCCGACUUUCUUUCCUCUGAGAUCGGAAAAGACGCAGUCUGAACUGUUGCCGGUCAAUGUCAACCGGUUCUACGAGUCCCUAAGUCAAAUGGGGUUGGGUUAUACUGGCCCGUUCAGGGCGAUGACGUCCAUGAGGAGACGGAUGGAUAUGGCAUCCUCCGUCGUCGAGAUUGAUGCAGACGUGGGAAGGUCAAUCCCAGUUCAUCCGACUUGGCUUGAUGUAUGCUUUCAGACGUUUCUCGCUGCAUUUGCCGCUCCUCGAGAUGCUUCUUUAUGGACAGCAUUUAUGCCCACAACAAUCGGCCGCAUGUCAUUUUCUCCUGCUACGAGGGCCAUCCCCAACGGACCAGCGUCGAUGACCGUCGAUGCACAGCUAACUGAAUUGACACCGGCUUUCCAAGCGAAAUUACCUACAAUCACCGGCGACAUGAGCAUCUAUAACUCCAAGACUGGUCGAUUAGAAGUUCACAUUGAAGAUUUCACAAUGAGUUCUUUCCUUCCAGCUACAGAGAAAGACGACAGACGUCUGUAUCUGAAGACGGUGUGGCGGCCCGACAUUCUUUCCAGAGCAACUUUCGAAGCACAACAGCAAAUUGACUCUCUACAUGAGUUGAAGGUCAUUGAUGCCUGUGAAAAGGUAGUUCGCUUUUAUCUAUCAAAAUUUCGGAGGGAAAAGUCCUUCCCCGAAAUAGUCAAGACGAUUCCAGGCUUGCUUGGUGUGGUUGAGGCGGCGACAGCUAGUACCGUGAGCGAACCAACAGAGCCAGAACUGGCUUCCAUUUUGCAGGAGUUUGGGCACCACAUAGAUAUGACACUAGUCAAAACGAUUGGUGAGCAGCUCUUGCAAAAUUUAGGGCUCAGUCCGGUCCCUGCUGAAGCACCAGCGUCUCUCGGUAACCUUGUAUCCCGAUGGCACGAUGAAGGGUUAGGCUUCAAACAAGUCCACCAACACAUUGUGAGUGCAGCAAAACAAAUAUCGCAUCGAUAUACAAAUUUACGAGUCCUGCAAGUUGGCCCAUCCUCAGCUAGUCUUGUGCGAGCACUAUGUCAAGGACUUGAGCAUGCCUUAGAUUCAUAUACUAUUGUGGAUGGGUCGGAGCACAUUGUCGAAGAAAUUAAGGCGGGCGUGGUUUCAAACAAAUUGAGAGUCCAAGUGAAAGUCUUCGAUGUCGAAGCCGGGCUCGGGGAGGGAAAUGAUGCUUUUGCUGCCGGCUCUUUCGACUUGAUUAUUACGCACAAGGCUUUCGGAAAGCAGGCUGCUGCUUUAGGAACGGUCCGAGAUCUAUUGAGGCCAGGAGGCUUCCUUGUCAUGAUGGCUGCGACUGGGCCGCAACUUCGUUUCCCUUUCUUCUUGUUAUCGGCUCCAGCGCCGGCGAACGACGACCAGGAAUCAAUUCAGCCGCAUUUAUUGAACUCGACCCGAGACGAAAUACACAGCGUCCUCCAGAAAGCUGGGUUUUCAGGUGUUGACUCCAUGGCAGUUGAUAACGUUGAGGCGAAACACACAUUCUCUGUCGUUGUCUCGCAGUCAAUUGAUGAUGAUGUUAACUUCCUGAGAAGUCCGCUUGCGUCGACGUCGCCGAUUACCACUAGCGGAAAAAUCCUCGUUUUGGGUGGUUCCUCGGUUAAAGUCACCAAUGUCAUCAGAAUCGUGCAGUCUCAUUUAUCCCGUGUCUGGAGUGGUGAGAUCGUCACUGUCGAAUCCCUCUCAGAACUGCUUAGCGAGGAAGUCGAGGAGGCUGAAGCUGUUCUUAGUCUUACUGAGCUCGAUCAGCCAAUUCUCGAGCGGCUGAACGCCACUAAUUUCCAAAAUUUGCAGAUGCUUCUGGAGAAGUCUAGAGCACUCCUGUGGAUAACUCAAGGUGCAUCUGAAAGCCCUUAUCAGAGCGCAACCAUUGGACUUGGGCGAUCUUUCGUGUCUGAGAAUCCGCAGAAGGCUCUACAAUUCCUCGAUUUGGAUACAGUCACUGGUAAUGAGGAAGUUCUUGCAGAGAGCCUACUCCGACUUAUUGCAAGUGCUGUUAAAAGAACUGACGGUUCAAAAGGCUCACGUCUGUGGAUGAUUGAGCCGGAACUUUCGGUGGACAAAGGCGCACUUCUUGUUCCAAGACUUGUCCCCGAUAAGAAACGCAACGAUCGUCUCAACUCGCUGAAACGAAAAGUAGAGACCCAAGCUCUUGUUGGGACGCAGGCCGUAACUCUUGUUCCUUCGCUGCACAAUGCUGGUCAAGUUGCAUACACGGCCGAAGAGACACUUAAUCACCCUUCAGAACCGGCUUCAGACCAAGUUUCCCUGAGAGUUGAGUAUUGCUCCGCAGACCCCGUCCUGCCUAACCACCACGGGGACAACCUGUUCUGUUGUGUUGGCCGCACACAGGAUGAGGAGCAAUUCUUGGCAUUGUCGGCUUCCAACUCGUCCGCAAUCACGGUGCCACGGGCAUGGACUAUUCGACUGAACGAUGGCAAGCUGAAGGAAUCAGCUAUCCUCCCCUUUUUUUUUCACGCGUUGCACCGAAUUAAGGCGCGUGUCAUUGAGGCUUCCAUGCCGCCUAGAUACAUCACGCUACUCUACGAGGCCGAUGAGCAUCUUGCUUCCUCCAUUGAUAGGCCUGAGAAUCUCUCAGGUAAGGAGUAUGCGUUCAUCAGCUACCAGGGAUACUCAAAUGGCGACUCUCCUCGCAAUGGCAUUUACAUUGAACCGCACAUGUCGAGGAAGGAGAUGACAUCGCUGAUACCCUCUAAAUCAAGGCUCCUUAUUCACCCGGGGCAUCGAAGUGAUAGAAGACAGCUCCAAGCCGUCCAGCAAGCUCUUCCAAAAAACACCGCUGUCGUUGCAUUCCAGGAUCUCGACUCUGAUCGUCUGAUACCACAUGAUGUACUUCUGGGAGCUUUAGAGAGCCUUCCCCCAUCCCGGGCGGCGACAUUUGAUAGCACCCAAGUGGUGAAGGCAGGUUCAUUAAUAUUGGACGGGAUCAACAGCCAUGGAAAUGUUGUAGUCGUUGACUGGACCGGUGAUCAGGUAAUCACGCUAACACAAAGGCCUGUAAAUCCACAACACUUGUUGUCACCGAAUAAGACCUAUCUUCUCGUUGGCCUUAGUGGACAGAUAGGCCAGUCUAUGUGCCGUUGGCUAGUGGUAAAUGGUGCAAGACAUGUUGUAGUAACGAGCCGGAAUCCUGACAAGGGAGGACUUUGGAAGGAUGAGUUGCAAAGACAAGGCGCCAACAUUGCCAUCGAGGUAGCAGAUGUCACCAACAAGCAAGAACUUGUCGAUCUACGCACCCGCAUUCUCAGCACUAUGCCACCGAUCGGUGGCGUUGCAAACGGCGCGAUGGUGUUAUCAGACAAAUUGUUUGCCGACAUGUCGUUCGACAGCUUCCAGAAAGUGCUAUCACCAAAAGUUGAAGGCUCCAAAAGCUUGGACGAGAUCUUUUCUGGUGACGAUCUAGACUUCUUCAUCUUGUUUUCGUCCAUUUCCGCUGUGACUGGCCAGCGAAGCCAAGCCAACUAUGCCGCGGCGAACAACUUUAUGGUCGGACUGGCCUCGCAAAGACGAGCCCGCCAGCUCCCUGCAUCAGUGAUCGACAUCGGAAUGGUAAUCGGUAUCGGCGUCAUUCAAAGAACCGAGGAUGAUGAAGGCAUUAGCGCGAUGGAGACUGCCUUGCGAAAGCUAGAUUACAUGCCCGUUUCCGAGCGGGACCUCCAUCACCUUCUAGCUGAAGCGAUACUCGUUGGUAAGAGUGAUGAGUGUCCAGAAAUAGUGACGGGAUUGGAGACGUUCAACACAACCUCGGGCAAUCAGCCGUUCUGGCACAGAAACCCUCGCUUCUCGCAUCUUAUAACGGAUGUCGGUUCCACCCAAGCAGGCCAGGGUUCUACAAACAGUGUGCAAAAGACACUGAAGGAAAAGCUGGCGGAUGCCCGUGGACCAAAUGACGCCCUACAAACCAUGGAAGAGGCUCUCAUGGCGUAUCUGGGGUCUUCCCUUAAGGCGAAUGUGCCGCUCAUUGAUCUCGGUAUUGACUCCCUGGUCGCCGUGGAGAUUCGCAACUGGAUCUUCUCGGAAGCCGGUCACGACGUUCCCGUAUUAAAAAUCUUAGGAGGAUCCUCUAUCAAGCAAAUAUGCACUGACGUGGUUUCGUCUCUGUCUUUCGAAGCACAACCUGCUAAGGCGCCGGAAUCUCAAGCUCAAGCCGUGCCGCUUCCGAGCUCUCGCGACUGGAACAAGCCCUCCACAGAGACCAAUUCCUCUGAUGACACUUCGAGUUCAUCUAAAUCUUCAGACCUGCCGCCGCAGCCAGAUUCUUAUGUAGCGAGUCGACUUACCUCGGCCUCCCCGGACAUUACCUUGGAGGCUGUGGACAGGAAGCCCUCUCGCCCAAUUCCGUUCCGCACAGAGUCAUUGUCACUGGGCCAAUCACGCCUCUACUUCUUGUCUCAGUACUUGGAUGAUAACAUUACAUUGAACUGUACAGCAUCUUAUGCGCUCUCGGGCAAACUUGAUGUGUCCAAGUUCGAAAAGUCCAUCAUGGCCGUGAUUCAAAGUCACGAAAUGCUCCGAACCACAUUCUACCUCGAUGAACAAGAUGGAAAACCAGUGCAGGGUAUAAUUGAGAAAUCUCCAUUCAAGUUGCAGGUAAUCUCUGGCAAUGGUGACAUGGAAUAUGUCAAGUCAGAGUUGGAGCGAACCCGGAACUAUCAAUACAACUUGGAAAUGGGUGAUACGUUCAUCGCCACACUCUUGUCACACAGCGCCGAUUCCCAUACCAUCAUAUUUGGCUACCACCAUAUAAUCAUGGAUGGUGUCAGUUGGCAGAUAUUCCAGCAAGAUUUGGCCAAAUUUUACAACAAUCCGAGCUUAACAUCAUCUCCCAAAUCUCUGCCAGCGCAAUAUAUUGACUUCACCGUCAAGCAGCAAAGAGACAUAGCCGGCGGAGCAUAUGCUGACAGACUCAAAUUUUUCCAAGACAGCUUUCGGGAGCCGGUUAGCCCAUUGCCACUCUUCCCCUUUGCGAAAGUCAGCACGCGCAGGUCCUUAACGCGGCAUGCGGUUCGAGACAUUGUCUUGCACAUAAAUCCAGAGACACUAAACGCAGUAAAGACGGCAAGCCAGGCUUUUCGGACCACCUCAUUUCACUUCUUUCUUUCAGCGUUCCAAGUCCUGCUUCACCGGCUGCUGAACACUGAGCAAAUGUGCAUAGGCGUGGUGGAUGCCAACCGUUCAGAACAGACCUUUAGCAGCACUAUUGGUUUCUUUCUGGAGACCAUACCGGUGCUGUUUCGAGUCGAUAGAGACCAAAGGUUCAGCAAUGUGCUCCAGACUACCCGAUCCAAAGCAUAUGCUGCACUCGCACAGACUGGCGUCCCGACUGAGGAGAUUCUGCGAGCAUGCAAUAUCCCGGCGUCGACGACUGAGACGCCGCUGUUCCAGGUGGUAUUCAACUAUCGCAUGGGAGCAAGUCGAACGUCACAGAUGCAGGGCUUAGACAUGAAGUUCUUGCAUUACACUGACGCGAAGAGCCCUUUCGAUGUUGUAGUGUCCGUUGAUGAGCUGAAUGACGGCACAGCGAUGGUUACCUUCUCCCUACAGGAUUACUUGUAUGACGAGGAAGGUGCAGAAUUGCUUGCCAAAACGUACAAACAUUUGCUCGAGGCGCUUGCCAAAGAUCCUGAUCGCCCGGUUGGGAGUAUCCCGGUGUUUGACACGACGUUGAUUGAGCAGGCUGUCGCUCUAGGUACCGGACCCGAGAUAGAACUUGCACCAUCUUCAGCUGGCACACUCUCGAAGAUCAUCAAUACCUGGACAAGCAAAGAUCCUACUUCCCUUGCCGUCAAGGAUGUCAAUGGAAACACAAAAACGUAUUUCCAACUCUCAGAAAAAGCCAACGGCAUUUCAGCAGAGUUGAUAAGUGACGAAACAGUAUCCCUGUCGCCCAUCUGCGUGCUGUUGGAGCCAGGUACAGAUACCAUUGCCACUAUUCUUGGGAUUCUUCGUGCGGGGGCCGCAUAUGUGCCUCUAGAUGUCCGCAGUACGAAUGAACGACUAAGUGAUAUACUGGAAGAAUCCGGCUCGACAAUCUUACUCCAUCAUACGGCGACUGAACAACGCGCUCGUGAGCUUCACAGACUCUCCAAUAACUCUCAGAGAAUCAGACUCCUUAGUAUCGACUCAAUCCCUCAAAACACCACGGAAAGAGUCGAAGAUUUAUCCACCACUGACGGCCUUGGAAUGAUCUUGUACACCAGCGGCUCGACAGGCAAGCCGAAAGGAAUCCCACUAACCAAUGGCAACAUCCGGACCACUAUCCUCGGUGUCUCCAAGAGAGUCCCUCUAGGCCGAGAAGUAGUGCUGCAGCAAAGCGGACAAGGCUUCGAUGCGGCUAUAUUCCAGAUCUUCAUUGCACUUGCCCAUGGCGGGACGGUGAUCAUGGGUGAUAACCGGGCUGAUCCAGCAGAAUUGGCCGCGCUAAUGGCGCGCGAGGGUGUCACUUGCAGUGUAUUUAUUGUCUCGGAAAUGCAAUCUAUGUUGAAGUACGGAUACGAUAAGCUCCGUACGUGCUCUUCGUGGCGCAUUGCCAUGGUCGCUGGGGAGGUGUUCACGAUAAACCUCCUGGACCAAUUCCGCAACCUCAACCGACCUGAUUUGAGGAUCAUCAACGCAUACGGCCCAACUGAGGCAUCUAUAUGCUCUUCCAUGCAUGAAGUAUUGCCUAGCGACAUUCACACGGACUACUCCAGUAUUCCAAUCGGGAAGCCUAUUGCUAAUUACGGAACUUACAUCGUUGACGAGGAGUGCAGACCCGUUCCCAUCGGGUGGCCAGGCGAAAUCGCCAUCAGUGGACCAGGGGUCGCCGAUGGAUAUCUGGAUCUGCCGCAACUUACAGAAAGAAAAUUUAAACGUCGAACCUUUCACAAGCAGACUUCAGGAUAUGACAGACUAUAUCUCACAGGCGAUAACGGCCGAAUGCUCAGCGACGGCUCCAUUGUGAUGUCCGGACGCGUGGAUGGAGACGACCAAGUCAAAAUCAGAGGCAUGCGCGUCCAGCUUGACGAUGUCUCUCGCGUCCUUGUUCAAGCAUCGGGUGGUAAUCUUGUGGAUGCAGCUGUCUUAGUCCAAGGAAAUGAUGCCACAACCCAGCGACUUAUCGCGUACGUCGUUUUCUCGGGGACCAGCCACAUCAACGAUAGGCAAACGUAUUUGCAUAAACUCAACCAGGAGCUCCCGAUACCGCCAUACAUGCGUCCAGUGAUGACUAUACCUUUGGACAUUCUUCCCGUAACAGAACGGGGCAAGUUGGAUAGCCGCAAGUUGGCAGCUUUGCCUUUGCCGGAGGUUUCUCCCAAUACCUGCGAUCAGAUGACAGAGUAUGAGGCGCGGCUCCGAGAUGUUUGGACAACUGUUUUGGGUGACAUCUCCUUGUCUGUGCCCAUACAACGCGACUCCGACUUCUUCUCCGUUGGCGGCAAUUCGUUGCUGCUGCUACGCCUCAAGUCUGAGAUUCGUCGAGUAUUUGCCGUUGACAUUCCCCUAUCGGAGCUAUUCCAAUACAGUACACUUAAGCUGUUUGCCGCGCGACUCACCGGUAAUUCAAAGCUUGAACAUAUCAACUGGGAUCAGGAAACCGAGCCAGAUGACGCCAUUUGCCAACCCACGCGCUCAGCCAAGACGCCCAGAGCCCCGUCUCACAAAACAGAGGGUAUUUCUGUCCUUCUCACGGGAUCAACGGGCUUCCUGGGAACUGCUAUUUUACGUCAGCUGGUUACUCUUCCUCAAGUUGUCCGUGUCCACUGCGCAGCCAUCCGUGAUAAUGGCCGGGAUAAGCCUCGACAAUUAGGAGUAGAUUCGCCAAAGAUUGUGCGUUACUCGGGCGACCUUUCACUCCCUCAUUUAGGCCUGAGCCCAGAGCAAAUAGCUCAGAUAUGCAAUGACAUCGACGUUAUUAUUCAUAACGGAGCUGAAGUCUCGCAUAUGAAGAACUACCGCAGUCUACGCGCUACCAAUUUCCUGUCUACGAUUGAACUGGCCGGCAUGGCUGUACGCCUCAAUAUACCAAUGCACUACGUCUCUACGGGCGGUGUUGCGAGGCUCAGCGGCGAUGCGGUACAGACGGAAUCUUCCUUGGCGGCCUUCUACCCACCAAGUGACGGAUCAGAUGGGUACGUAGCGUCCAAGUGGGCAAGUGAAGUGUUUUUGGAGAAACUUCACAGUCGCAUGCAAGGCCAAACGUGGAUCCAUCGGCCGAGCAGCAUCACAGGGAACGAUGUGCCGACCCUGGACAUAGUACACAACUUGCUAAGAUUCUCCGUGGCAAUGAAAGCCGUGCCUGACCUUACGGGCUCCACGGGAUCUUUUGAUUUUAUUCACGUCGAUACCGUGUCAAAGAAUGUUGCCAACUGCGCAGUUUCAGGCACUAGAGGAGAUGGGCGAGAACAUUCAAACACCCUGACCUUCGUACACCAGAGCGGCGAAGAGAUUAUACCAGUGGAUCAGUUCAAGGAGCACAUGGAGGCUGCAGAAGCUAGUCCGUUCAGAGUUCUGCCUUUGAGAGAGUGGGUUGCUGGAGCCAUGGAAGAGGGCUUGGAUGAGGUUGUCGGCUCAUUCUUGUUAGGCUCUGGGGACAGGAUCCGAGUACCGCUGCUACAACGUGGCGACUCCCCUUGA